UUGACGACAAAACGCGCUAAACGUAAAGUGAUAUGGAGCCAGAGGAGAAGAAGGAUAUGCAAAAGGAAGCCUCUCUUAGUAGCAUUCCACCGGCAAUACAGUGGAAACGUGCUGCUCUCUUAGCCAAAUCGGCCGCUGCUUCAAAGGAAAAUAUCGAUAAUGACAGUGAUGGCGAGGAUGUGGAUACGAAGCAGGCAAUUAAAUAUGGCAAUAAGUGCCAAGCAACAUGUGGAAUUUUGAAAGAAUACUGUGAUUAUAGUACAAUUCAUGGCUUUCGUUAUUUGGGCGAAACAAAGCGUCCACGUUGGGAAAGACUCUUCUGGGUACUCGUACUGAUAUUCUCCAUAUACACUUGUGCCACACUCAUCAUGAAUAUCUGGGAUAAGUGGAAUAAUAAUCCCGUAAUUGUAUCCUUUGCUGAGAAGUCCACGCCCGUUUGGCAGAUUCCAUUCCCAACCGUAACGGUUUGUACCGAGACCAAGGGCAGGCAAACAGCAUUUAACUUCACCGAAAUGUAUUGGAAGAUCUCCGAUAGAUUUAAUAAUGUCACAGACAUCGAUCUGACGGAUGAGGAAGUUAUACGUAUGGAGGCUUUAGCUCAGGUGUGCGAUGCUCAUUUACUGACUGAUUUUAAAUUUGGCCACAAAACCGCAUCGGACUCGGAGAUUGUUAGCGCUUUGGGCGCUGUCACGCCACUCUUCAAUGAGACCUAUUUGAAUUGUAAAUGGCGGAAUUUUCCAGAGAAUUGUGUACAUAUUUUUAAGAAAUUCAUUACGGAAGAGGGUGUAUGCUAUAGCUUCAAUUCACUCAGUCCAGCGGAGAUCUAUAGGCCAGAGGGCAUAAUUAAGGAAAUGCUCUUCCAAACGGACAAUCGCACGGCCACUGACUGGAAUGUGGAAGAUGGUUACAGCGCCAGCGCAGAUCCGGAAACCUAUCCAGAGCGUGUAUUGGGUCCAGGUGCACGCGCCGGUCUCUAUAUGGUUUUGAAUGGUUUCGAACAAGAUUUUGAUAACUUAUGUCGUGGCCCAGUGCAGGGCUUCAAAAUUAUUUUACAUACACCCGGCGAGGUGGCUCAAAUAUCGAAACAAUACUUCCGCAUACCUUUUGAUCAGGAGGUUUUGAUUUCAAUAAAACCAAAAAUUAUAACAACAUCAGAGGGCUUGCGUCACUAUGAGCCACACAGACGCCAGUGCUACUUCCAAGAGGAGCGUUAUCUGCGCUACUUCCAAAUCUAUACGCAGAGUAACUGUGAGCUCGAGUGUUUGUCGAAUUUCACGCUCACUCAGUGCGGUUGCGUUAAGUUCUCCAUGCCACAUACGCCGGAUACGCCAGUUUGUGGUGCGCAUAGCGUGAAAUGUAUCAACGAAGCUGAAGACCAACUGCUGCUCAAGGAAUUCAAUCAGGGCGCUGAAACGGCUGAGGAAAAUGUGCGCGGUCGCACCGAAUGUGACUGCCUGCCCUCGUGUACGUCCAUCGCUUAUGAGGCGGAGAUCUCGCAAUCAGAUUUCGACUAUAAAUUAGUGGCCAACACAUUUAAGUUGGAGGAGAGUAAUAAUUUUAUGGCCAGCAACAAAAUGUCGCGCGUUUCCAUAUUCUUUAAGGAAGCUCAGUUUCUUACUUCCCGCCGCUCGGAGCUUUAUGGUACCACCGACUUCCUUGCCAACUGUGGCGGUCUUUUAGGUCUCUUCAUGGGCGUAUCCAUAUUGAGUAUUGUGGAAAUCGCUUACUUCUGCUCGGUGCGCCUCUGCACGAAUUUGCGCAUGCGUCAUGCGCGUCGCAAGGAGUUGGAACGUGAACAGGACACGGUGAAGGAUGCAUAG